AUGACCUCGCAAAUCCCCACGCCAACCCUCCUCCUCAAUUCCCUCCCUCCCAAAACCCUCAUUGGCAUCGACCUCCUCUCCUUCACCUCCACCCCUAAUUUCCAUGGUAUAAAAAAUCUCCCUCCCGGACCCCACUUUCUAUUCACAGAUAUACGUCUCCGCCAAUGGGAUGCGGGUGCUGAAGCACUUAUCCCCAUAGAUGAAAGCAGUGAGGCGGGGAAGCGAGAUGCUAUGAAGUUGCGCGCGAAUCUGGGACGAAUAUGGGCGAGCGGGGGUUUGCUGGCGUAUGAUCGAGCGACGGAAGAACAACGGCAACGAGCGCAAGAUAAUAAUCAUCCGCUUAAUAGUGUGGGAGAUUAUCACCGGCAACAAAAACAAGAACUCGAAUCGGAAUCAUCACAGGAAUCACCAAAUGACUGGCCGCAACUCACCGACCACAUCACCCCCGCCCUUCUGUCGCGCAUUCUCGGCUCGACUCCCACUGCCACUCCUCCAACCACCACAGCCGUUGUUACUACAAAACAUGGAGAUAUACUAACGUCACAGCCACUGCGCUGGACCGUGUCCUCCGGUAGUUCUGCGGUGCGAGAUCGCGAUGAUAUCCCGGGCCUCUCCACUGCAGAGGUAGCCAGGGCCUAUGACACCGGCAUAGCAAGCGAGCAGGAGAAAGAAUUGCGUUUCUUGCCUGUGGAUCUGAAGCGGACGUGGAGGGCUGGUGCGGUGGGGCGGGAGAGGACGGAGGCGGCGCAGGAUCGGUCGUGGGCGUUGGGAGAUCUGGUGGGGAGAUUUGGACAAGGAGUAUCUGAUACAGAUAAUCUUACAGCUACGGCUUGGGUGGGGGAAAUUGUUGGAUCUACAACUGGUACCAUUGACGGUGAAAGCCAGGAGGCUGGCGAAGCGCAGAUCCUCGGCGAGCUACAAUUUACGUUCCUGAUGGUGCUUACGUUGAUGAACUUCUCGUGCCAGGAGCAGUGGAAGCGGUUGCUAGGGUUGGUAUUGACGUGUCGAGCAGCGGUGCUUGUGCGGGAGAAGUUCUUCGUGCAGGUUCUGCGUCUGCUGCGUUUGCAGCUGAAACACUUUGAUGAUGUUGAGGGGGGAUUGUUUGAUCUGGAUGGUGAUGAUGGAGAGGCGGAGGGACAACUGGUUAGGCAGGAGUUGGAGAAGUUGGAGAAUUGGGUUAAGGGGCGAUACGGCUGGGAGCUUAGACCGGGAGCGACAGUUAAAAGGGGAAUGUUGGAGUUGGAGGAUGGGGAGCAGGUGGAAGUGGAGAUUAGCGGGGCAAAUGAAGAGGAUGAGAUGGGGGAGUAUGCUCCGGUUAUUGUUGAUUUGGGAGAGGGAGAUAGCCUUGAAAAAGGCUUGGUAGAGGAAGUGGAAGAGGACGAGGAGGCGGGACAUAUUGGGAAAACAGACCAUUAG